CACAAAACACAGCCCGGCAGUCUCUUCUCCCCGCGCGACACGGCCGGCGGUACUGGCGCUCCGCGUGCUCCGUGGCGGUGUGGGUGGAAAUUAGACCCUUUAUCGGCAGAUGUCGCUUUCUCCAGCCGUCGGGAUGAAGAACGGUGUGAGCACCAAUUCUACGAGACGCAAGUCGCGAGCUGAAAUGGCAGCGAAAGUGACGGUCGUCCUGGGUGCUCAGUGGGGCGACGAAGGCAAGGGGAAGGUGGUCGACAUGCUCGCGACUGACGUCGACGUAGUGUGCCGGUGUCAGGGAGGGAGCAAUGCUGACCACGCAGUUGUGGUGGGAGACAGGGAGUACGUCUUCCACCUGUUGCCCAGUGGCAUCAUCAACCCCAAGUGCAAGUCUGUGAUAGGCAACGGUGUUGUGAUUCACCUGCCCGGACUGUUUGAAGAAAUUGAAAACAAUGAAGCUAAGGGUCUCACUGGCUGGAACGACCGCCUGCUCAUAUCAGACCGAGCCCACAUUGUGUUUGAUUUCCAUCAACAAGUUGACGGGCUUCAGGAACAAGAAAAGGGGAAAAACUCGAUCGGCACCACGAAGAAGGGAAUCGGUCCAGCUUACGCAUCUAAGGUCACUCGAAAUGGCAUUAGAAUAGUGGAUUUGUUAGGUGAUUUCAGCCUGUUUUCCGAAAAGUUUCAAACCUUGGUAGCAUACUACCAACGCCUAUUCCCUGAAUUGGUUGUGGAUGUCCCUGCAGAGCUUAAACGGUACAAAGUUCUAGCAGAACGCGUAAGACCUCUGGCAUGUGAAACUGUAUCAUUUCUUCAUGAAGCCUUACGUCAGCACAAAAAAAUCCUUAUUGAAGGCGCCAAUGCUGGAAUGUUAGAUAUUGAUUUAGGAACUUAUCCAUUCGUCACAUCAUCGAACUGCAGUAUAGGUGGCGUUUGCACGGGUUUGGGAAUUCCCCCAGUGAGUAUUGGAACUGUUGUUGGUGUCGUGAAAGCUUACACUACUCGUGUUGGUGACGGCCCAUUCUUGACAGAGUUAACGGAUGACAUUGGCGCACUUCUUCAAAGCAGAGGUCAUGAAAUUGGCAAGACAACCUUCAGGUCAAGACGUUGUGGGUGGUUGGACAUACCGCUCUUAAAACAUACCACUCUUGUGAAUGGCUACACUCAGUUGUGUGUAACCAAACUAGAUAUCCUGGAUGUACUACCCGAACUAAAGAUUGCAGUGGCCUACAGGAAAAAUGGAAAAGUCAUUGAUUACUUCCCCUCGAGUACAGUUGAACUUGCAGCUGUUGAGGUUGACUAUGUGACACUACCUGGGUGGAUGACUAGCACUGAAGAUGUUAGAGAUUUCGAAAAGCUCCCCGAGAAUGCAAAGAACUAUAUUCGGAAAUUAGAAGACCUCGUGGAAGUACCGAUUCGAUGGAUUGGCGUUGGAAAGGGGCGUGAGUGCAUCAUCAAUGUAUUUUAAAUAAUAUUCAGUCCUGCAAUAAAGUGUUUCCCUCCUGAAA